ACAACAUCUCAAGUCGAGCAAGGAAACAGAGUACUCGACAACAUACAACAUUAUAUUGGAUAGAGCUACUAGGCACUAGCAACUUUGUAAGAGGAAAUGGUGUCACUUAAAGAUUUACCUUCACCAUCCACUGUCUACUCCGCCUACGCCUCAAUAUCCGCCUCAACAAUGCUGCUUCGAACCACAAUCAACCAAAUCAUUCCUCAUCAAUUACAAAAUUCCAUCGCAUCCUCCAUUCGCCACUACAUUUUCACCAGCGCAAAUACUUCUCAGUUGACACUUGUUAUCGAAGAAAAAGAUGGCAUGUCACAAAACGAAUUGUACAAAGCAUCCGAGAUUUUUACAUCCACCAAACUCCAUCCUCACAUUGAUUACCUGAAUAUCAGCAAAAGCUCGAAAGACGAUCACCUAAAUAUUAAGUUCGACAAGUCGGAAACUAUUUUUGAUUUUUACCAAGGCGUUGAGAUCACGUGGAGAUUUGUUCGUCAACAACUUGAAAACGUUAGUUAUGACGAGGACUUGGAGGACUCUGAGGCGGAGAGGAAGUACUUUGAGUUGAGCUUCGACAAGAGACACAAGGAUUUUGUGAUGAAUUUUUAUGUCCCGUUUGUGUUGGAAAAAUCCAAGGCUAUUCAACAAGACAAGAAGGUGUUGAAACUCCAUUCUUUGGUGAGUCGAGGUUCGACAAUUUGGAGUUCAGUGAAACUCGAGCAUCCGUCUACUUUUGACAAGAUGGCUAUGGACCCGAAGUUGAAAAAAGAAAUUAUUCAAGAUUUGGAUUUGUUUCUUCAGAGGAAAGAGUAUUACAAGAGAAUGGGGAAGGCGUGGAAACGAGGGUACUUGUUACAUGGGCCUCCAGGCACGGGCAAGUCGAGUUUGAUAGCCGCGAUGGCUAACUAUCUCAAGUUUGAUAUCUAUGAUUUGCAGCUUAUGAAUGUCAAGAGUGACUCCUGUUUGAGAAAAUUGUUGUUGGCUACUCGCAACAAAUCCAUACUCGUGGUCGAGGAUAUUGAUUGCAGUGUUGAGUUACCUGAUAGAACUGGUCAACAGCCUCGUAGUUCACAGUUUACACUUUCGGGGCUAUUGAAUUCGAUAGACGGACUAUGGACAAGCUGUGGAGACGAGAGAAUCACCAUAUUUACUACAAACAACAUGGAAAAGCUUGAUCCAGCAUUGAUUCGUCCAGGACGAAUGGACAUGCACAUACACAUGUCUUAUCUCAGCAUUGACGGAUUGAAGAUCCUAGCAUCCAAUUAUCUUGGAAUUAAAAUAGAAAGUCAUUCGCGCUAUAAAGAGAUCAAAGAGUUAAUGGGGAGUACAGAAGUAACCCCUGCGGAAGCUGCAGAAGAACUGAUGAAGAGCAGUGACAUUGGUCUUUGUAUCGAGGGACUUGUCGAGUUCCUUAAGGGCAAGAAGUCGGAGAUAAUUAGAAAUCAAACCACCAAGGCUGAUGGAAUUGAAGCCUCGGAGACUCAGAUUCCAUAUGCCAAAAGGCAAAAAACCAAUGCGCCUACAGAGGUCUGAUCUCUGUUGACGUGUUUUGUUUGCUCGUUUAAUUUAUCAGUUUAGCCAUAGAAGGAUUGUAAAAUCGAGAGGAAUAAAAAUUUCUUAACAUA